AAAGUGACAAAAAUAUAACGAGAAGUUAUAAAAUAUAUUACACCUUUUUUAAGAAUAGCGUUAUUAUACAUUAAAAUCAAAAAUGCAUUAAAGUUUUAACACACAUUGUUACAUAAGAAAUAACAAAUCUGUGAAAUACUUGUUUUUACGAUCUCUAUAGUGUUUAGUUUUAAACUAAGUCAUGGCAAAGUUUAAAUUGAAAAAGCCAUCUAAAAGGCAACCUGCUAGGCUAAGGUAUAAAAUUGAAAAGAAAGUCAGAGAUCACAACAGGAAAGUAAAGAAAGAGGCAAAAAAGAACCCUAAAUCUAAAAAGCCUAAAGCUGUACAAAUACCUAACGUAUGUCCAUUUAAAGAGGAAAUAUUGAAAGAAGUAGAACUUGUUAAAAAGCAUAAAGAAGAAGAAAAACAGAAGAGAAGAGAGCAAGCGAAGUUAGACAAACAGAAGAAACUUGAAGAGAAGAAGAAUCCUGUGGGUAUCGACACUCUGGUUGCAAAUGCAGAAGCCAGAGGUAAAGUUCACGAUGCGUUCAAAGGCAAUGAAAAUGGUAAUACAGAAUAUAGCAAGGACAGACAACAGGAGAAUUCAUUGAAAACAUAUUACAGAGAAUUCAAGAAGGUUAUAUCAGAAGCUGAAGUCAUUCUUGAAGUCGUUGAUGCUAGAGAUCCAUUAGGUACAAGAUGUACACAAGUUGAGGAAGCUGUCCGUGAAUCAGGGAAGAGAUUAGUUUUAGUACUCAACAAGGCAGACCUAGUGCCACGGGACAACCUGACAGCUUGGCUCAAGUAUCUCCGAAGACAAUCUCCAGCUGUGCCAUUCAAGGCCUCGACACAGGACCAACAACACAACCUCGGUAGGAGGAAGAUGAAGCAUAUUGUUAAAGAGAAAGAAAUGAAAGGUUCAGCUUGUGUUGGUGCGGAGCUGUUAAUGGGCUUGUUGGGUAAUUAUUGUCGUAACAAGGGCAUGAAGACAUCCAUAACGGUGGGUGUUGUCGGGUUACCCAAUGUGGGAAAGAGUUCCAUCAUCAACAGUUUGAACAGAUCCAAAGCUUGUAAUGUUGGCAGCACUCCGGGUAUUACUAAACAAAUGCAGACGGUACAACUAGACAGCAAAAUCAAAAUCCUAGACAGUCCUGGUAUAGUAUUCCAUGCCGGCUCCGAUAAUGACUCAUCCGUUGCUCUCAAGAAUGCUAUCAGAGUGGGCAGUUUGAAGGAUCCUUUGACUCCGGCCACAGCUAUAUUACAGAGGGCGCACAAACAGACGCUCAUAUCAUUGUAUUGCAUACCAGACUUCAGUACUCCUGAAGAGUUCUUCAGUGUUCUCGCUAAACGUAUGGGGCGUUUCCGUCGAGGCGGUGUUCCAGAUCGUGAUGCAGCAGCCAGAAUACUACUCAACGACUGGAAUACUGGAAAGGUCCGCUACUUCACGGAGCCACCUGAAGUGGAAUCUGAAGUCCAUGUUGAAGCAAAGAUAGUUAACAGCCUCGCUCAGGAGUUUGACAUCAACAGCUUUGAGGCCAUGGAGACGGAGGCGAUUGAUGCUCUUGGGAACAAUGAUGGUGACGCCAUAAAGAUAGCGAGCACUGGACCCGUGACGGCGGCGGCCGAACACGAAAUGCAAGUAGACGAAGACGAAUCCAGCCUCUUACCUAAAACGCUGAACAUCAGGUCAAAAUUGGACAAAAGCAAGAAAACGAACGAAAAAACUAAAACCGAUCCCGAAAUGCUCAUAGAGGGGAACACCAAACAGAAUAAAAUAAGAAAGAUGCAGUUCAAAAGAGACAAAAAGAACAGGGCGAAAAACGAAAAGCAAGCUGUCAGUUUGGCUGACGUUCUGGAAAACGUCACACUGACAACACGGAACAGAAGCGACGAAUACGACUUCAAAAACGAUUUUAAAUAACUAUUAAAGAUUAAACAUGAAACUAGUA